CUUAUAAUAGUACAUAGUGUUGGCGAACUAUGUAUUUUUGAAUUUGGUGUAAACUUGUUGUUAGUGUCGUGAGUUAUGUUGCUAUAUGGUGUAAACCCACUGUUAGUGUUGUCGAAUUAUAUAUUGGCCCUUCUGCCAACUCUGCUCCUGCUGGAAUAAUCGAAAUGUUUGUCAUCCCUAAAUUUUGUAUUGUUCAUUUAAAUUUUACCAGCACAGCAGGAGGGAGCAAAAACGAAUGAAAUAAAAACCUGCGUGAAGCCAUUAUGUGCUUGUCACCGCUCGUAUAAAGCGAAUAUUGCUCGUUUUUAUUCCUUUGCGUCCCUCGGUGCCGGAACAUCUUUUUAUUUCAUUCCUUUGCUAUUUAAACGUAUUUGCACCCAACCCCGAGGCUUAAACAUCACCAACGAAAGCCGGUUAACAGAGAUCCGGACUACAAUAACUAAAACCGGUUAACAGAGGCCCGGUCAACAAAUUUGAUUAAAGGUCGUUUGGCGGGCGUUCACGAGCAUUGAACUGGCGAUUUUGUGAAGCUGUCUCGACGAUUCCUUGAUAGUGAGGCCGCGAAGGUGAAGUGAACGAGGGUGAUUGGGGUAAGUUCGGUGGUGUGUAGUGUGUGUGUUAUAUUUAGUCAACAUAAAGCGCAAUUAGCUGAGCAGGCUUCAUAACGGUAGAAGCGCGUGUCUAAUAGAAAAUAGCGGUUUGCGGCCAUUUUAAAGAACAUGGUUUUAACUCGUUCAGCAUCCAGUAUGCAAGACGAGGACAACAACAGCAACGACGAAUUGAAUACGACUAUGCGUGAACAGGGUGCAGCAAUGAAUUCGCAACAACCAUUGCCACUUGAAACACAAAUGAUUGCUAUGGCGAAGCAGUUGCAAGAGCUUACAAAUGCCAUAGCGAAACUAAGUAAUUUAGGUGAUAAUGCUCCUCCAACCUCUAAUGAGCAAAUGGCUCCCAGCAUCGCUCCCUCUUUAGUAAGUGGUCCUGAGGCAAGUAGCGCUUUAAUUGUAGAAACUUUAGCAGACCUAAACCGAACAUUGGCCAUCACCAGAUCGAAUGCUAGUAGAAAGUUACACGAUCUUCCAGAAUUCGAUGGAAAACAUGAAGCGUGGCCAAUGUUUCGCGAAUCCUUUUAUAUGACCACCGAAGAAUAUGGCUACAACGAACGGCAAAAUAUGCUACGGCUUUAAAAGGCAAUUAGGGGCGGGGCGCGUGAGGUAGUCGAAUGUUUACUAAUCCAUAGCAGCAAUGUACCCCGCGUUAUGGAAGCAUUGCACGAGCGUUUCGGAAGGUCGGAAUUGUUAGUAAAAAGUCAAAUUGCACGAAUACGUAACUUUUCACAAAUCUCAGAAAAUCGUUUAGAGUUAUUGGUACCUUUCGCUACGAAGGUUCAAAAUUUGGCGACCUUUCUAGAAUCCGCAGGGUGUGAGUACCACCUGAGUAAUCCUACUCUUAUGGAAGAACUACUUCUCAAGCUUCCCAUACAGCGGCGUUUAGACUGGGCACGUUAUGCAGCGAAUAUUGUACCGAGACCUACGGGGAGUCACUUCAGCAACUGGAUGCAAAAGCUAUCGCGUGUGGUAAUCGCGGCCGGCAUUACUUCAAGCUCACAAGCGCGUUCAUCAGAAGAAAGAGGCGAAGCUCGAGGAAGGUUUUUUCAUACGGAUCACGUCCAGAGCGCCAGUCGGACUCCAUGUAAGCUGUGUUCGGAGGCACACCAUUUAUCGAAGUAAAAGCGUUUUCUCGAAAUGAAUCACACAUCAAGGUGGAGACUUGUGCGCGAAGGAAAACUAUGUUUUAAUUGCCUGAAGAGUGGUCACAGAAGCAACAGGUGUACGUACAAGCAUAAAUGCUCGGAGCGUUAUUGCUCAAGGAUGGUUCAUGAGCUAUUACAUGCCGACGAAGCUACAAAUACGGGUACGUGCGAGGUACAGUACGAGACUCAACGCUCACAACAGCAGCUGAUUCUUACCAACACUACGAGGCAACCAGGGAGUUCGAAGGUGCUAUUCAAGAUCUUGCCAGUGACGCUGUAUGCCAAUGAAAAUGAGAUACGAUGCUAUGCCUUCUUGGACGAGGGUUUAUCAAUAUCGCUGAUGAACAGGAGUUUAGCUGACAGGCUCGGACUAAAAGGUACGAAAGAGAAGUUGAUGCUGCAGUGGCUUGGAAACAACACGGUAACCAAGUUGGCGUUUGGGGUUGAUAUACAAAUUUCUAACCCUUUGCCCGGAAGCAAAAAAUUCUGCAUGAAGAAUGUCAAGGUCGUCGACGAUUUACAACUCCCCAAGCAAACCAUGGAUAUUUCUGAGCUGCAAUGUAAAUAUAGAUAUACGCAGCAUCUACCAAUUGCAAGUUUUAAUUCGGCGUGUCCUCAACUGUUAAUCGGACUUGAUAAUGCACACUUGGGAGUAGCGAAGAGAACGAUAGCAGAUGGACAACAAGGUCCAGCAGUGGUCUUAACGAAGCUUGGCUGGCUAGUGUACGGCAAGGGUAGUCAACGAGAAAUCUCCGAAUAUGAGCAGCACCAUUCGUUUUUUGCGCAAGUGGGAAGCGAAGAUACUUUAGAAAAUUUGGUAAGAAAUCACAUCGAAGAUGAUGCCCUGAGCGUUAACUCCGAAGCAAGGCACGUAGACAGCGCCGCUAUAACGAGGGCAAAAGAUCUUCUCGAGCAAACAACAGCGAGAAAGGAGAGACGUUUUGAAACAGGGCUCUUGUGGAAGAGCGAUCAUGUCUUCUUACCUGACAGUAAGCAGAUGGCAAAGAAAAGGCUGUUCGCGUUAGAGAAAAAAUUCGGUCGUGAUGAAGAUUUCUGGAAGCAGUAUACGCAUAUCAUGGAAGAAUAUCAGAAGGCUAUGCGUGGCGCUUGAGCGAAGAAGAGGUUCAACAAACGGGAAGUCGAACGUGGUAUUUACCUCACUUCGGAGUUCGCAAUAUGAACAAACCAAAAAGGCUACGGCUAGUAUUUGAUGCCGCUGCCCAAGCAGAAGGAGUUUCUCUGAAUUCAGUCCUGCUCAGCGGGCCAGACUUGUGCCAGUCGUUAACCACGAUUUUUAUGAAGUUCAGACAAAAGGCGAUAGGUGUGUGCGGAGACAUACUGGAAAUGUUCCAUCAAGUGGAAAUACGGCGGGAAGACCAAAACUCACAACGCUUCUUAUGGAGAAGGAAUACUAACGAGGUCAUCAGCGAAUACGUAAUGUCAGUCAUGACGUUUUUAGCGACUUGCUCGCUAUGUUCAGUUCAGUUUGUAAAAAACAAGAACGCGGAAGAGUUUCAAGCAGCCUUUCCCAACGCCGUAAAAGCAAUUAUUGAUAACGACUAUGUCGAUGACUUCGUACACUGCUUUAGCACACCGGAAGAAGCCGUACAAACAACAAAUGAAGUGCGUUGGAUUCAUAAACAAGGCGGUUUCGAUUUAAAGCGGUUCGUAUCGAAUGCCAAGAGUGUCACUGAGCAGUUAAACGGUGAUGCAGCUACAGCAGCAGACUUCAGCCUCGAUAAGGAUGGUUUCCCGAAAGUCCUGGGUAUGUAUUGGGAUACUGCGGAAGAUAUUCUAAAAUUUGCGCUUAUUCUUAGUAAGGUCGAUAAAGCUGUAGUCAAUGGCGAAAGAAGACCCACGAAACGUGAAGCAUUGGGUAUAGCAAUGUCGGUGUUUGACCCUUUCGGCCUAGCAUCGGAGAUUACAUUAGCAGCUAAACUGGUGCUACAAGCUGUGUGGAGACGGAAGACGGAAUGGGACGAAAGUAUACCGAAAGAUGCGUACGAAAUGUGGCUAAAGUGGGUUAAAAUGUUGGAGCAAAUUCAAAAUUUAAGCAUUCCACGAUGUUACGACGAGAAUUUCCUACGAGUUCCAGUGGAGCUACACGUGUUCGCAGAUGCAAGCGAGGCGGCGUAUGCAGCAGUAGCAUAUUGGAGAAUCGACGGAUUAGCAGGAGCGACCAAACUGGCCUUUGUAAUGGGGAAAGCGAAAUGCGCUCCCUUAAAACUCACUACGGUUCCACGGUUGGAGCUACAGUCGGCGGUCCUUGCGGUCCGUCUUCGCGCUGCGAUACUGCAAAACCAUGAUAUGGUGCCUAUCAAGACUGUCAUGUGGAGCGAUUCGAAGACAACUUUAGCUUGGAUAAAAUCCGACCACCGCCGCUACAAACCGUACGUAGCCCAUCGUGUAAAUGAAAUUUUAGAGAACAGCGAAGAGUGUGAAUGGAGAUGGUUACCUAGCGCAUGUAAUCCAGCCGACUUUGGUACGCGUGUUCGAGAUGAGAAACGACAAUCCUUCUGGGCGAGUGGACCCGACUUCCUGCUCAAGGACGAGACGCAUUGGCCAACGGCGGAAACCUAUGCAGAAACUCGAGAGGAGCUUCGUGCGAAAUUCGUCUCAUAUACGUGUGUGGAAAACGACUUCUUCGAAAGGUUCUCGUGUUUCAUUCGCCUAACGAGAGUGGUUGCGUGGAUGUUACGUUUCUGCGAUAAUUGUCAAAACAGCCAACGGGAUAAAAGAGGUGGUCCGCUAACUGGAGAUCGCGGAGCUAUCGAUCUGUCGAGGCGUGCAGAAGGCAGCCUACCCCGAGGAGUAUAACGACUUAAGCCGGAAAAGCCAACUAAAAUCCAGUAGCAAGCUGUUGAUGGUUUCACCAUACAUGGAUUAUGCGGGUAUUAUCCGUAUGAAGGGGCGAAUCGACAAUGCGGUUGCAGUCCCAAUAAAUACUCGCAGGCCCAUCAUCCUACCUCAAGCGCAUCACGUGACUGAUUUAGUCGUCAGCUGUUAUCAUCGAAAGUGGAAACAUCAAAACGAAGGCACAACUAUAGCAGAAAUUCGUCGGAAAUUUUGGAUACCUCAUGCACGGAUAUCAGUGCGUCGCGCUGCAAGAGAAUGCCAAUUUUGCAAAAUUAAAAGAGCUCAACCUGAAACUCCGAGUAUGGGUCCACUGCCGAAAGAUAGGCUGACACCGUUUGUGAGGCCGUUCUCCUACGUAGGCCUGGACUAUAUGGGACCGUUUCUCGUCAGUAUAGGACGGCGCCAGGAGAAGCGUUGGAUUGCGCUCUUUACGUGUUUAACUAUUCGUGCUGUACACAUGGAAAUCGCUAGAGAUCUCAGCACUGAUACGUGUUUGUUAUGCAUCCGAAAUUUCAUGAGCAGACGAGGUACUCUAUUACGCAUACGUUCAGAUAACGCUACAAAUUUUAUUGGUGCCGAUAACGAACUGCGAAAACAACUAACCGAAUUCAACUCCGGAAAAAUCGCUGACAUACUUGAAAUGACCGCAUAGAAUAGGUGUUCAAUUGCCCACUAAAUCCUCAUGCUGGAGGAUGCUGGGAGGGCCUAGUGCGCAGCGUAAAACGUGCUAUGGGACAUGCGCUUUAUAACGAAAACCUCCAGGAGCACUGCCUUUAUAGUUUAAUGUGCGAAGCAGAAAAUCUAGUCAACUCGCGGCCGCUAACACACAUAGCAAUAGACACACCCACCGACGAACCUUUAACCCCUAACCACUUCCUUCUAGGUACAGCUAACUAGGAACAAACACCUCAUCCUCGCGAAGAGGAAUACCGCCCGUCCAGAAAGCAGUGGAGGAAGGUACAACAAGCAUAGCAUCGUUUUUGGAAAAAAUGGCUUUCAGAAUACCUCCCAGAUCUGUGCCGCCGGACAAAAUGGUUUCAGCCUGUGCAACCGCUACGAGUUGGAGACGUCGUCUUGGUCGUCGAUAGCAACAUUCAUCGUUCCCGAUGGCCGAUGGGUAAAGUGACUCGAGUGUUUCCUGGCAAAGACUCACAGGUCCGAAGUGCCGAAAUACAAACCCAAACAGGGGUGUUCAGACGUCCUGCUUGUCUACUUGCGAAAUUAGAUGUUGGUGAAUCUGUUUAGAUUCACGGAGGCCGGGAUGUUGGCGAACUAUGUAUUUUUGAAUUUGGUGUAAACUUGUUGUUAGUGUCGUGAGUUAUGUUGCUAUUUGGUGUAAACACACUGUUAGUGUUGUCGAAUUAUAUAUUGGCCCUUCUGGCAACUCUGCUCCUGCUGGAAUAAUCGAAAUGUUUGUCAUCCCUAAAUUCUGUAUUGUUCAUUUAAAUUUUACCAGCACAGCAGGAGGGAGCAAAAACGAAGGGUACUGUUUAGUAAGUGGCCCACCUAUUUCGGGGUAUUGCGUCCAAAGGGGUGACCCGAUCCAAAAAAAAAAUUGCACACACUUGUAGCCAAGGGUCUAC